AUGGGUAAAUUUUCAUACGGCUAUUCCGAUUCCGAGGAGACUGAUGAUACCUCUAGCUCUGUGGAAAAUGUCAAAAAGAAGAAACGGAUGUCGAUCUUAAAAUAUGCAAGCGGGAAUGUGAAAAAGAAGAAAUGCAAGGUCCACAGUAAAUCAGAACCUGAUGAAGACUUCCGCAGCCGUAGUCGGUCCAGUCAGAGGAUGUUUAAGCAGAAGCUGCGUGGUAUACUGAAGCAUUCUGAGCGAGAAUCAUCAGAAGACGAUGACAGCGAACCGAUAAGACUGUUCCGUACUCAAGAUCGCUGUCUGGUCGGUCAGGUUCCCAGGCCAGCUGGGGCGAAGCCUGGUCGAGGUGGCGGUGUGGCCCUCGUCGUGAGGAAGAAUACUAGUAUACUUCCAUAUCAACAGAGCUCCACAAGUAGCACUAAGAAAAGAAAGGGAACGAAACGUCUUGACAGAAAACGUUCAUAUUGAAGAUUUAAUUUUUAUUUUAAAAUAAUACUUUGUUUUAAUAUAUGUUGUGAUGAA